GUGUGUCCUGCUUCCAAUGAGCUGUAGCUGUGGUCCAGCUGCCCCGGGGGGAUGCUUGGGCUGUACAUGUGACUUGUCUCUAUGCUGGUUAUGCAUCAUGUAGCUUCUGUGUAUGGGAGGGGCAGUCACUUUUCUCCCAGCGCCCUAUUUAUUCACUGAGUGUCAUGAAGUCUCUUAAAGAAAAGGACCUAUGAAAAUGAGGAGAAUUAUUCCAGAGGAAAGAAUUCACAUGUAUUGCAUAAAGAAUGGACUAAAUAGAUCUUAAACCCUGAAGUUCUCCUUGGAAAAUAUUUGAACUUUCUAAAACAAAACGAGAUGGAAAGCAGAGGUUCUCCAAGAUGGAGCAGCUGGAGUAGUAGCUCCUUUGUGGGAGCAGCCUCAAGCUUUCUAUCCACAAUUCUAGCCUUUCCCAUCUAUAAGACGAUUUUUCGACAGCAGCUUCACACAUUGACCAUCCGAGCUGCUACUGGUCAGUUGAGCAAAGAAGGUGUUAAACAUCUGUAUCGUGGCCUUGCACCACCUCUCAUGGCAAAAACUGUUCAAGGGACUUUGCUUUUUGGAACCCAAGGAAGCCUUCAACAUUUUUUCUCUAUGGGAGGUAUGUCAGGAGCAAAAGCUUGUGCAUUAUCUGGGUGUUUAUCUGGGGCAAUAGAAGCCAUUCUGUUAGUCCCAUUUGAAAGAAUUCAGAACAUUCUGCAGGAUGGUCGUAAUAAUGCAAAUUUACCUAACACACGUUCAAUCAUGCAAGAGUUCAAGCCUUACAAUACAAAUCAAUGGCUAUCAUGUGGAAUAUACAGGGGAUUCACUGUAAUACUUGUCAGGAACAUGGUGGGAAGUGCCAUCUUUCUUUCCUGCAAAGAGCCGAUACGAGACUUAUUAACUUAUCCAGGCCUCCCUGUGUGGGUUCCUUCUCUAGGCUCUGGAGCAGUCAACGGUGCCUUUACUUCCCUGGCACUUUAUCCAUUGAGUGUUAUAAUAGCAAAUAUGCAGGCAGAAGUGGGAAACAAAUUACCUCAUGUAAGAAAGGUAGCAUUAAGAGUAUGGGACAAAUGUGGAGGAAGAGUCUCAUUGUUGUACCGCGGAGCAUCUCUCAUUAUCCUACGCUCUUGCAUUACUUGGGGGUUUACAAAUUCCAUUCAUGAUACUUUGAGUAAACAACUUCUAUAAAGUAGAGGAUGCUGGCAUACAAAUAUUACCUAAUAAUGAGCAAAAAAAAAAAAACACAUUUGCCAGGAUGGUCCAAUGUACAGGGUGGGCCAUUUAAAUGGAUACACCUUAAUAAAAUCGGAAUGGUUGGUGAUAUUAACUUCCUGUUUGUGGCACAUUAGUAUAUGUGAGGGAGGAAACUUUUCAAGAUGGGUAGUGACCAUGGCAGCCAUUUUGAAGUCGGUCAUUUUGAAUCCAACUUUAGUUUUUUCAAUAGGAAGAGGGUCAUGUGACACAUCAAACUUAUUGCGAAUUUCAAAAGAGAAACAAUGAUGUGCUUGGUUUUAACAUAACUUUAUUCUUUCAUGAGUUAUUUACAAGUUUCUGACCACUUAUAAAAUGUGUUCAAUGUGCUGCCCAUCGUGUUGGAUUGUCAAUGCAACCCUCUUCUCCCACUCUUCACACACUGAUAGCAACACCGCAGGAGAAAUGCUAGCACAGGCUUCCAGUAUCCGUAGUUUCAGGUGCUGCACAUCUCGUAUCUUCACAGCAUAGGCAAUUGCCUUCAGAUGACCCCAAAGAUAAAAGUCUAAGGGGGUCAGAUCGGGAGACCUUGGGGGCCAUUCAACU